AUGUUAGACUAUCAAGGAUACAGUAAGAUAUCGGAGAGCACCAAAAGUUGGACUCUCGAAAAAUCCGAUAAUUCCACAUUUAAACGAACUACUUGGGCCGUUACUGAAAAAAUUCACGGUGCUAAUUUUUGUUUCCUAUGUGAUCAAGAUGGUCAACGAAUUCGUUGUGGAAAACGAACGGAACUAUUAUGCGAUACAGAUGACUUCUUUGGUUACAAACGAUUGCUGGAUGCAACCAUUCCGAAAAUACAACAGACAUAUGCAUUCGUUAGAACAACGUUGAUGACUCAAGAAAAAACUUUAGAAAAAUUAUACGUGUUUGGAGAAUUGUUUGGCGGUAGUUAUCCACAUACCGAUGUUGCCAAAGUGCCAAAUGUCAGUGCUGUGCAGACUGGUAUAUGGUAUUGUCCCGAUAUCGAGUUUUAUGCAUUUGAUGCGGCUGUAGUAUUAAAUGGUAACGAUGAAAAACAAAUUUAUCUCGAUUUUGAACUUUGUUUAAAAGCCUUUCAACAUGCUAAUUUGUUAUGCGCCGAGCCUUUAUUUAUUGGAAAGUACGAACAAGCCAUUAAUUUUGAAAUUGGAUUUAAUACUAAAUUACCAGCAAAAUUAGGACUUCCAUCUCUUGAAGGGAACAAAGCGGAAGGUAUAGUAAUUAAACCAAUGCGUGAAAUAAUGGUGAAUACAAAUAAGGGUUUAGUACGUGCAAUAUUAAAAAAGAAGAUUGAAGAAUUUUCAGAAGAAAAAUUUAAUCAAGCUCAAAAACAAGAAAAAAAAACUGAAUUAUCCGAUGUAGAUUUAUUGAGAUUUGAAAUCGAUGCUUUGGUGACUGAAAAUCGUCUCAACAAUGCUCUAAGUAAAGUGGGACGUGUGACUGUCACCCAGAAGGACAAAAUAAAUGAAUUAUUGAAUGUAUAUGUUAAGGAUGUGAUUGAUCAGUUGUGUGAAGACAAUAAAGAUAUGUGGACAAAUCUUUCGCAGAAUGAUCGUGCCAUGUUGAACGAAGAAUUGACGCUAAUGACAAAAAAACUGAUUAUUAAAUAUUUCAAAACUAAACCUGAUGUCUAA